AUGAUAAGAUCUCAAAAAUUUCCGUAUAUAAGAGGAGGAAUUCGAGAAGAGAAGUCAGUUCUGAAUAUUCCAUUCACUCAAUCAGAGAAGAAGUCGAACGAACAAUCGAUGAACUCUUCGAUUGGAAUUGCACUCCUUCUCCUCUUCGCUUCUGCGCAACCCGUCGCUGGUGUUAAACGAAACAACCCCAAUGUGCUGGACAUCCGUGAGCAGAUCAACGAGCUCAACAAGGCCAGACUUGAAGUGGCGAAACGAAAUGAAAUAGCCAACAUGCAAGAGGUGACUUUCGACCCAACUUUGGAGAUUAAAGUUAAAAAAAUGACUUGCGACGAGUUGACGUCUCCCGGCCCGGACUAUGUCGUUGUCGGUUUUCUUGAGAUAGUUAGCGCUGCAAUAGCAUUGAAAUCGAAAACAGAGGGAGUAGAUCUCAUGAAAUCACCACUGUUCUACCCGCUUCAAACCAAGAUUGCAUGCACUAACCUCGCGACAAAGUGCGAUGGCAGAACAGCCAUGUGUCUCAUGGGACCCAAAAACUCCCCAGUUAAAGAGUCGGAUAUCAAGCGUGUAAGUAAUGAACUCUUAUUUAUAAAUGACCCGUUGCAAGUGGAAAAACAAAACAGCACGCCAUUUCCAUUUCCAAAAAAUAAUUUAUUUAUUCAAUUCAAAAUCUAUGCCAUGAUAAGGGUAAAAGCAAGAGAAACGAUAGCCAUUGGCGUGGAUGCAGAUGAAACACCACCUCCCAUACACAAUCCACUGGCACCAUUUCCACCAGAGCAUCCAGUUCCAGGGGAUCCUUUCUCGAUUUCCGACUUUUUAAGUGGGGAGUUUCUGGAAAUAUAUGUGGAUUGGCGGAUAGUAACAACUCGAUGGAACACAGUUGACUGCUCCAAUAAACUCACUUGGGUCCCAUGA